AUGGUUGAAUCCUUCUUGAGUAAGAAACUUGAAGCUUUUCCUGUUUCAUCACGCCUGUGUCUUUUUAGUGGCUUGAUGGCCGUCCUUUCACCUGAAGAUUGGGUUGCCAUUCAAGAAGAAAAAUAUUUUGCAGCAGAACUUGUAGAAGAAAUCUUUACCAUUUCUAAAUGUGUUGAAGAAUCGGAAUUGAUGUUGCUAUGUGCUAGAAAUCUGAUUCAGUGGACCAAUGCCAUGAGAAACAUUACUAGCUUAGACGCAAAAGAAACGAAUAUCUCUGUAACUAAGAGUUUUAAAAACAUGUUUUCAGAGGAAGGAACUGUGAUCAAACAAAUGUUUGAUUAUGUAAUUCAAUACAGAGAACAUUUCAUUGAUACAUUUCGCCACGUUUGUAAAGAUCUUUUCAAAAGCGUUAUAAAGCUUCACCUUAGUUCAUCUGAUAUGAGUGCUCAACAAAGUCGUUUGCUAAAAAAUAUGGCAUUUUACCUUUUGAAUGAUCUACCUUAUCAUAGUAGUGGGAAAUAUGGUCUUCUCAGCUGUAUUGUUGAAGUUAUUGGAACAAAUACUCUUCUGCAGUGGCACCCAUCAUUCCCAGAAGAAUUAUUCAAUGCAUUAGAAGACAUUAACCUUGUCUCACAUGUUUCAGAUUUGUGCCACACAUUGUUUAACCACUUUUCAGGAAAUGAUGAUGAGUUCGUUGAAGUAUGGUUGAAGCCACUUUUGGAAAUUCUUAGCCAUAAUUGUAAACAAAAGAUCAGUGUCAUUAAUGAAUAUAUACUGCCUAAAUUACUGAUAUCUAAGCCUUUUUGUCUGCCCCUGCUGUUAUCAAAAUUAUCUCAAACUUGGGAAGAAAAUGGUGGAAACUCUUUUUGUGCAUUAAUUACAUGCAUCAAGUUUCACCAGAAAAUGUUUAAUAACAAGGUAGAUGGUGUCUCUCACUCAAGUUUGAAAAAAGCUUUGUGUCAUGCUGAUGAACAGAUUAGACUUUCUGCUUUUGCUCUACUUUGCGAAGAUACGAAAACGUCAAGUGUUGUGCAAUUGGAAACUCUUGAAUUGAUUAAGUACGGAUUACCAUGGAAUAUCACCAGUCAGUCUCCUUCAUUUCGUCAGCAACUUAUUUCAUUCAUCAAAAAGAACUUUCUGAUAUGGAUGAAAGAAUAUCUUCUUGAUUGUUUACAUCCAGGUGCAAAUUUUCCUAGGCGUGUAACUGCUUUGAACCUGCUUUUUCUUUAUCAUACCUCAUUUUCUGAUGUACUGCCAGUGAGUAAGUGUUGGAAAGCUGCUCAAACUAUGAUUUAUGCUUUGCAAGAUACUUAUGAAAAUAACAAGUUACUAGCUUUUGAAAUGCUGUCAUCAAAGCUAAAUACAUCUGUUGAGUUAGAAACUGAAAAAAUUCUUCACACAGCUUUCAUGCUUGCUUCUAGUACAAAACCACCUGAUACUGUGACAGCAUCCUAUUUAUUUGCUUUUCUUGUGCAAUGCAGUAACUUUCAAAUCAUUGCUUUGGAGUACUUGAAACAAUCUAAUGAACAGGAAUUUGUGGACAUUGAAACACAUUUUUCUGAAAUAACCCAUUCUAAUUCAUUUAUUGCAUGCUUGAUGUUGCUGAUUGAGCUAAAAAGGCAGAUAAAUUUGGCCAAAAUUAGUCUUUUGGAUGCGGCUGCCCAUGGACCUUUGUAUGGUGUACUAGCUUGCAUUAGAAGCAUUUUACAUUAUGUAGACUUCAGUUCUAUUGACAACGCUUACUCAUGUACCCAAUGGCACACUUUGAUUCGCCAACUGAUUUUGACUAGCUUUCACAUAGCUGAUAUUGUUGAACCAGUUGUUUGUAAUUCUUCUCCUGAAGGACACUUGCCAAUGGACACGGAUCCAGUAAAUAUUUCUCAACUGCAAAUUGCUGUGCGUAAAGCUAUUGGAAAUCGUUUUCAGUCAGCUAUUGUCAGCGAUGAGUCAUCUACAAGGAAGGAUGCUAUCCAAUUAGACAUUAUCAAGACUCGUGCAGUAACAGCUCAGAUGCUGCUUUUGUGUUGUUGGAGAGCACAUAAAGAAGUAUCCCUUUUAUUUGGUGAAAUUUGUGAAAGAAUUCCUAUUAAUAUUGAGGAUGAACAAUCUAGCAUUCUAAAUACUACUCAGGUCACAGAUAUUGGACACUAUUUUACAAAGCAAAUGAGUUUGGUAAAACAUAAAGGUGCAUUUGAACAAGCAUACAUUGGCUUUAGCAAACUAUGCAAAACUCUUUGGAGGAGUAAUAUCAGUGAACUUAAUAAACUCCCAAAAAUAUGGAUAAAUGAUAUUCUGUUAGUUAUUGAGGACAAAGAAAAAUCCAUGCAGUUAUGUCCAACUAGAAGAAGUGCAGGGCUUCCUUUCAUUGUUCAGGCAGUUGUAACAUCUGAAAUUGAAAUAAUAAAUUCUUCUUUCUUCAAAGAAACAAUGUCCAAAUUUUUGAACAUUGCUAAAUAUUCUGAGAAGACAAAUCCUGAUGCCCAAGUACAUGCAUUAAAUAUUCUUCGAACAUUGUUUCGUGAUGCAAGUUUAGGUGAAGCUGUGAUGCCAUUUGUUUCUGAAGGGUUAAAAAUUUCUAUUUUAGGUUUUAAAUCACAUUUGUGGAGUGUCCGAAAUUCAUCAACUUUGCUGUUCAGUGCACUCACAACAAGGAUUUUUGGUGUAAAUAGAUCACAAGAUGAGCUUGGAAAGAAGAACAGGCUAACUGGAAAGUCCUUUUUUUCCAGCUACAAAGAUCUGUAUGACUUCCUUCAUGAUGAACUUAAUCAUUGCGUUUCAUCUGUACGUCAAAGACAAGAUAAGAGGUAUGCAUUACCAUCUAUUGAACCUAGUUUGUACCCUAUCUUGUUGAUCCUUGGAAGACUUUAUCCUGCGCCUGGAGAAAAAGACCACAAACUAGUAUCUUUUAUCAAAUUCUUACACAUCUUUGCUGAAAGCUCUAUUUGGAAAACCCGAGUAUUAGUAUCCAAAGCUUUAAUAUCUCUUACAAGUGUGGAAAAUUUACCAGUCACUCUGGAAUUUCUUUUAGAGUCUCUGCAUUGCAAUAGAGAAGGUAUCUUGUGCCAAAAUCAUGUUCAUGGUUGUUUACUACAGAUUUUAAAUAUUUUGAAAGAAUGCCCUGUUUUGCCUGCAUUUCAAGUGGAUUGUAUCAAAAACAAGUUGAAGAAUUGGAUAAAGCAGAACUUUGAACAGUUUAUUAUGUUGAAUAACUGCUUUGCAACUAAGGCUGUGUUUCUUGAAAUUUUACUACAUUCAAUGUCCCUGGAUAUUUAUGUUGACCUGGAUGUCACCUUGCAGCUGUUAAACUCCAUUUUGGAAGAUGCAUCAAGAAUAACUCAGGAUCCAGACAAAGAUCAUUACUUGUUUCAUGGAGUUGUUUUUUCCUUGCUGAGCUUGUUGAAUUAUGAAACUCUACAAAUAAAGUCAGAAGCUUAUUUUUCUUUCAAUGAACUAGUUUUGAAAUUUCUUAGCAACAACCAUAAAAUAGUACAAAGCACAACCUUAGAGUUUUUAAAACUGCUUUUUGAAAACGGUCUUGAGAGCCAUCUGUGCUCUGAAGAGAAAUCUGUAGAUCCAGUUUAUUUGAAAAAUGUGGAAGACAUACUUUUAAAUGUACUGAAGAGAAUUGAAUCACCUGCUGCAGUUUAUAAGAGAAAUUCACUGCUAGUUACAGAGGUUCUGACACUCUUGAAAACAGAGAAAAUUGGUUCAUCUUGUUUUUCCAAAGCAUAUGAAGUUUUGUGUUUGAUGCCUGAUGCAAUGGUUGUGGAAUGGGAGUUUAUUGACUCAACGUAUAACUUUGAUAUGCUGAAAAAAAUGGAAUUCGUUUUGAGGCAACUGGAACAAUGUAAUAGAGAGGAUAUUUGCUGCUCAUUAUUGCUGUUUUCUUCUCAGAUAGCAGUCAAAAUUUAUUAUUCUUUAAAAUCUUUCGAACAAAAGGGCUCUAAUUGUUGCAUGAAUGACAAAGAGGACAGUUUAAAAGUUUUUGGAAAAUGGCUUCAAAUAGUCGAAGAAUAUUCACAACCAGAAAGCAGUUAUUUGCAAAGAAGAACAGUUGUUACAAUUCUAAAACAAAUAUCAGAAGCAUUUGUGUUUAACAAUGUUGUUAUCAUAGGUAGGACGUUAUCACUAUGGAAAAUUUUGCUAAACCUACUUAUUGAUGAUGAACCUGAAAUUAAAGUGCUGGCAUCAGAAAUAGUGAUUUUGCUCAAAUGUUUCUAUGAACCAAAUUUGAAACAUCUGCCAGUUGCUCCAACUGUAGCAUUAGAUUUUUUCCUUGAAAUUUUUCUCAAAAUAAAUUGUUCUUAUCCUGCUGAGUGCAUAAGUGCUUUGAUAAAUUGGAUGCUUAUCUGCAAUAGUGAAAAUUUUGAUGAUUUGGCAGAUGAGCGACCAUUUGACAAAGGCGAAAUGAAUGUAUUUGCUGAGGAUAUUGCAGUUACAUUUCUCAUUUCAAAGCACUUGUCAAACUAUUUACAAGAGCAAAAAUCAAAAUUAAAUGAAUUUCUCUUUAGUAUAAAUAAAAAUAACUGUGAUACGUUAAAACAGAGUCCCAAGUUGAAGACUAUGAAUGUUGGUGAAGUUAUUUAUUCAUGUCUUAUUGGAUGCAAUGAAAUAUUUGAUGGUAUAUUAGAGCGUAGGACGUUACUACCAUAUCUUGAUAGAUUUUUUGAUGAAGAGUUGCUAAAAAUCAGGCAAAAGCUUUCUGUGAUUAUAGUUUUAUUGCCUUACUGUAAUAAAGAAGAAGAGUUCAAGUCACAAGUGGAAUUAUUGGUUGAAAAGAUUGGAAAUUUUAACUAUAGGACCGUUUUUGUAAAACACAUUUUAUCAGAACUCAAGACGUGUUUAGACAAAAUGUAAAAAAAAGAAAGUA